AUGAAGUACACAACCGCCCUACUCCUCGGAGCCCUCGCCUCACAAGCCCUCGGCAACAGGCAUCACUUUUGUUGGUGCGAUAGCGACCAAGUCCCCGAUUCCGACCCAUGCCUGACCCAGGCCGCCUGUGCCAAGUAUCCUCAGGACAAGUUCUUCGGCGUCGUAGGAGGUGACCCGUCAGCGCCAACAAUAUCCAAAUGGAGCGAGAAGAAGGGAAAGUGCUACGGCACACCCUUCUACUAG